AUGUCCUGGUGCGCCGCGUCAGCGGUGCUGAAUCAUGGCGCCGUGGCGCCGUCGUCGCGUGCGGGGCGCACGCGCGUACCCACUUCGAUGCAGCUCGUGCUGCUGGAGCACUCGAUCGCACAGUCGAGUGUUGGUCUGUGUCGUGAGAUGAUAGUGCGAGCCGUGGAGCGAUCGUGUCCGGUCGUGGUGGUGUGUGUCCAGCGUCAGCCGCAGCUGUACCCGUCAGGCGUCGGCGUGCACGUCAUCGACUACCACUACCGCUCCGUCCACGAUGGCAUGUCGCUCGCACACGUCGAGCGCAGUAUCCUCGCGGCAGUCGAUAAGCUUGCUCAGCACACGCGGAUGACCAUCGUCUUGGACUCUUUGGAUGCCCUCGUCGAAUCAACGCAGUGCUCGGAUCGCGCUGCGUACGCCUUUGUUCGGAGACUCUUGUCGUUUCUGCCGCGCUUCUCACGCGUCGUGCUGGGCUACGAUGGCGAUCCGACUGCGUCGGCUGCGUCGCUCGUUUCGUCGCUGCGGUGCCCACAGCUAUGGGUCGGCAUCCAGCCGAUGCACGAUGUCUUGUCCGGUCCGCCCUGGACGCACGCCACCCUGUCUGUGCGUGUGCACCCGGCUGCCUUUGUGCGCUACAUACACGAGACCUACGGCCUCGCGCCCCCUGCCUCUCACGCCUCUCUCCGACGCGCCGCCUACGAAGACGCGCUCCUUACAUACCCCAACGACGACGCCAUGCCGCCAGAUACGUCGCCAGACAUGCGGUUCUGGUCCGUCGUGCACCAUGCCGCACGCCGCGGCCCAUGGGGCGUGCUGGACGAGCCUGGCAGCACGGGCUGGUGGGGCGCGCCGCCGACUCGAUGGGCGAGUCUCGAGGCCGGCGCUGCACGGACGCACUCAGAGCCCGUCAUGUCAUGGGACGAUAUUCUGCAAGACACAGAUGGAUGCCUCUUUCUCGAGACGCACAUCUACCAAUCCACCGGCAAGCAGGUCGACGAAUGGGCUCUAUGCGCCUACGACACACAUCACCGCCUGCGUAUCAAGGCACUGGACCACUACGCCACAGCGCCGAUCGCACCGCCGCCGCCCCAGCACACUCAGGUGCCAUUCAAUCUGCACGAGACACCACAGCAGCGCGAGCGCCGCGACCAGGUGCCCCUGCCCUUCGCGUACCAGCUGCAAGAUGCGACGCCGCGUGGAUCCACGGGCCAAAGCACCAUCUUUUUCGAUCCGGAAAGUGAGGACGACGAGGAUGACGACGAUCCCGACGACGACCUGGAUAUCUAG